GUGUCAUUGACUGGUGGGCAGGUCUGUGCAGUGAGCCUUCCCGGGGAGGAGGCCCUGCGGUGGGAGUGGAGCUCACAGCGGACCGGACCUCUGGAGGAAACACUCUCUCCCAGCAGCCCCCCCUAAGCUAGCUAGCAUGCUAACCUGCUGCUAGCUUCACCUCAAGUUUUCCCACAAUGUUUCCCCAGACGGAUCGGGAUGGUUGCAGGGUCGACAUUCGUUGUUGAUAACCCCCCUGCGAGCCCUGAGUUAUGCUCUCGCGAAAGAAAAGUAAAAAAGAAGCGUCGAAACCAGCCGAGGUCCACGGGAAGUAUGUGAAGAAGGAGACGUCGCCGCUCCUGAGAAAUCUUAUGCCCUCAUUCAUCCGUCAUGGACCCACUAUUCCCAGACGCACGGAGGUCCCUCUGCCAGACAUGGGGCCCUCUUCCUACCCUGUGCCGCCCACCCGGGAGCCCGUUGUGUCCCGCAACAAGAGUUUUCUCCGUGCCCCCGUGCAGAGGCCUCCUCAAGAGGUGGCCCGCAGAGAGAGCCACCGAAUGUCUGCACCUCCGUACCUGCCUCGCAGUCUGGGAGACCUGCCUCACGAGUACGGAGGCUCCUCACAGUCUUUUCUCACAGACGUGAUCCCCAUGUCUGAGAAUGGAGACGCUGCCCGGUAUUACUACCCCUCUGAACCUUAUUAUGACAACCAGCAGCAGCAGCAGCAGCAGCAGCAGCAGCAGCAGCAGCAGCAUCAGCAGCAGCAGCAGCGCCAGCCCAGGAGGGUCCCGGACCGAUUUCCUGAGGACUAUAGAUACUAUGAGCACAAUGAACACAACUUCCAAAGACUUCCACCACAACACACUCCCCCAGCUCCAAGCAGACCCCCUUCAGGCAUAGGUCGAAUACAGGCCAAGUCCCUGGGGAACCUCUCCAAUCUAACGGGAGAGGACAUCCCCCUCCCGGGCGGCUGGACCGUUGACUGGACCAUCCGUGGCAGGAAGUACUACAUCGACCACAACACGAACACUACACACUGGAGCCACCCUCUGGAGAGGGAGGGGCUCCCUCCGGGCUGGGAGAAGGUGGAGUCGGCCGAGUUCGGGGUCUACUACGUGGAUCACAUCAACAAGAGGGCACAGUAUCGGCACCCCUGUGCUCCGAGUGUGCCUCGCUAUGAUCAGCCUCCGCCAUUACCACCUCCUGUGACCUAUCAGCCACGUCCUGCAGAGAGGAACCAGCCGGUGCUGGUGCCAGCCAACCCGUACCACACAGCCGAGAUCCCAGACUGGCUGCAGGUUUACGCCCGCGCCCCUCUCAAGUACGACCACAUCCUGAAGUGGGAGUUGUUCCAGCUGGCAGACCUGGACACGUAUCAGGGCAUGCUGAAGCUGCUUUUCAUGAAGGAGCUCGAACACAUCGUCAAAUCCUACGAGGCGUACCGGCAGGCGCUGCUGUCGGAGGUGGAGGCCCGCAAACAGCGGCAGCAGUGGUACGCCCAACAACCCAACAAGAACUUCAUUGGGAACAUGUGAUGAUGUGUGUGUGUGUGUGUGCGUGUGCGUACAGC